AUGUGGGACCAGGGAUACAGCAUCGCCGACAUCAAGGCGACGUUGGUCGAGUACUGUCUAGUAUCCCUACAGACCGAAGAGAGUGCUAUGAUCUCGUUCGUCGUCAGCGCGCUCACUAAGAAGCCGAAGCUUUCCUUCGACCCAACAACGCUGUGUACACUCGUAGAAGACAGUCUUGCGGCGUAUCAAGAGCAUGCGGCGUUUCUCCCUAGGCGGCGCCCCAUCGCUCCCACCAUGCCGCCGAAGGACAACCCGCUGCAUCCAUCUCCGCUCGCUCAACCGCAGCAUCACAAAGCGCAGUAG